AUGGAGUUGGAGCAGCAACAACUCAGUAACUGUAUUGAGAUCCAAGGUAUUCCUGACUCAAAGGAAAUAAACCCCCCCAAGGUUCUCGGGUUUGAGGAUGUGUACACGUUUCGUUUACCCGAGGGGAGGAGGACUCUACGGUCGGGUGGCAGACUCCCCUUCAAUAUAAAGGACACUAGGAUAAAAUGGUCAGAAAGAUUGUAUACCAAACAGCGAGUGAAGCGGGAUGACUGGGUCGAUGACCCUGACAAAAAGUUAGAAAGGGUUAAAAGAAUAGAAGAAAGUAUCAGGAGCUUAGAAACACCAGAGGAUGUGCGAUUGAUUCGGCAAAACCAACGUUUCAAUGACGAGUUUUGGCGGUAUCAAUGGUAUUUGCACGAUAAUCACAGUAAUCCUAACCUACCCCGGUUGGAUUUGAACGUUCUGCCGGUAUACGCGAAGGGAAUCACCGGAAAAGGAGUUCGCGUUUCCAUACUCGACGAUGGAAUCGAACACAACCAUACCGAUCUUCACAACAACUACGAUCCAGAAAUCAGUUGGGAUAGCAUUGACAGGGAUCCUGAUCCAUAUCCAGAAAAUGAUAAGGAAAAUAACACCCACGGGACAAGAUGUGCUGGUGAAGUAGCGAUGACUGCCAACAAUAAAAAAUGCGGAGUGGGCGUGGCUUGGGGCGCCAAGGUGGGAGGAGUCCGGCUGCUCCAUCCACAAAUGUCGGGCCGCGACGAAGCCGAAGCGUUAGGAUACGCCUUGGAUAAAGUGGAUAUCUACAGUAGUUCCUGGGGUCCUAAAGACGACGGAGCAACUGUGGAAGGUCCAGGACGACUAGCAAAUGAAGUUUUAAGACGAGGCGUUGAGGAGGGCCGCGGCGGCAAAGGAGUUAUUUACGUGUGGGCGAACGGUAACGGCGGUGGUAACCACGACAAUUGCAACUGCGACGGAUACUCUUCCAGUAUUUAUACUAUUGGUAUCGGCAGUACUUCUAAGCAAGGCAAGUUUCCCUGGUACGGAGAGGUCUGUCCGUCCACCCUCGCUACUGCGUAUUCCUCUGGAGCUAAUGAUCAGUUGAUUGCGACAACAGACAUUAACGACCAGUGCACGCUGGGGCACUCGGGGACGUCUGCUGCGGCGCCGCUGGCUGCCGGCAUCAUAGCACUAACUCUAGAGGCCAACCCGAACUUGACUUGGAGGGAUGUUCAGCACCUCAUUGUUUGGACUUCAGAGUACGCCCCAUUGGCUUCUGACAACGAUUGGCCAGUUAAUGGAGUUGGUUUACAUUACGAUCUACGUUUCGGAUUUGGCCUUUUGAACGCUGGCGCUCUCGUAGAGGCCGCUCUCAAUUGGACAACGGUUCCCGCUAAAACAACAUGUACGGCAACUUCUACACCAAACGAAGAGUUCACGUCACAAGAUGAAAUAAAGAUACGAAUUAACCUUCAGGAUUGUCCGGUGAAGUACAUGGAGCAUCUCGAGCUGGUAGUCAACAUUGAGUACACGAGACGAGGGGCUUUGGAAGUGUACCUUCGGUCACCUCAAGGUACAGAAGUCCAACUACUAAGUCAAAGACCAAAGGAUAUGUCCACUAAAGGCUUCGUGAACUGGCCUCUCACUUCUGUAGCCACUUGGGGAGAAGAUCCAUCUGGAAUUUGGACCAUCUAUGUGCAGGAUAGGACAAACGAGAUAAAUUCUGGUGUUCUCCGGAAAUUCACACUUAUCGUUCAUGGUACAGCCAAAAUGCCGCAACACAUGAAAUCUGAAAGCAGGAGCUACAAUUAUGAAUACAAACAUUUUAACUAUGACACUGAUUAUAACGACAUAUUAAUAAAGCAAGAUAAAAAUAUAUAUUCGAUCGACCAAUAUGAGGAAGUAAGAGAUAUCAUUGAUAUAAAUUAA